AAUCUUGGUUUCUUGUUUUCUUAUUUGGUAACAUCGUUUUUGGGUAGAAUCUUUGUAUUUUAUUUUUUUCUUGCUAUGAAAAAAUUUGCCUAUUUUAAGGUGGUAUUGGCCACCUCUCUGGUUUGGGUCUUUUUGGAUAUAUUUUUGCUGCUCUACUUCAGUGAAUGCAACAAAUGUGAGGAUAAGGAACGGGGCUUGCCUGCAGGAGAUGGUCCUGGUGUUGUUCAGAAACCGCACGAAGGCCCAGGGGAAAUGGGGAAGCCUGUUGUCCUACCUAAAGAGGACCAUGAGAAGAUGAGGGAAAUGUUUAAAAUUAAUCAGUUCAAUUUAAUGGCCAGUGAGAUGAUAGCACUCAACAGAACUUUACCUGAUGUCCGGCUAGAAGGGUGUAAAACAAAAGUAUACCCUGAUAGUUUACCAUCAACAAGUGUUGUAAUAGUGUUUCACAAUGAAGCCUGGACAACAUUACUGAGGACAGUGCACAGUGUUAUAAAUAGAUCUCCACGACACCUUCUCGAAGAGGUUAUUCUCGUGGAUGAUGCCAGUGAACGAGAUUUUUUGAAAAGACCACUAGAAAUAUAUGUCAGAAAGCUGAAAGUACCUGUGUAUGUAAUUCGCAUGGAGCAACGUUCAGGCCUGAUUAGAGCCAGACUUAAAGGUGCUGCUGCUUCCAAAGGACAAGUCAUCACUUUUCUAGAUGCACAUUGUGAGUGUACAGUAGGCUGGCUGGAACCUUUGCUAUCACGGAUUAAACAUGACAGGUAAACAUGUUAUUGUCCCAUUAUUGAUGUAAUUAGCGAUGAUACCUUUGAAUAUAUGGCAGGUUCUGAUAUGACAUAUGGGGGGUUUAACUGGAAACUAAAUUUUAGAUGGUACCCUGUUCCUCAGCGUGAAAUGGACCGGAGACGAGGUGACAGAACUCUUCCUGUGAGGACCCCUACUAUGGCAGGAGGCCUCUUCUCAAUCGACAGAGAUUAUUUUCAGGAGAUCGGAACUUAUGAUGCUGGAAUGGACAUAUGGGGUGGAGAAAAUUUAGAAAUAUCUUUUCGGAUAUGGCAGUGUGGAGGUACACUCGAAAUAGUCACCUGUUCUCAUGUUGGUCAUGUUUUUCGAAAAGCAACCCCAUACACUUUUCCAGGUGGAACAGGGCAAAUCAUCAAUAAAAACAACCGGAGACUGGCAGAGGUGUGGAUGGAUGGAUUCAAAAACUUCUUUUACAUAAUUUCACCUGGGGUGACUAAAGUGGACUAUGGGGACAUAGCUACAAGAGUAGGCUUGAGACACAAACUGCAGUGUAAACCAUUUUCAUGGUACUUGGAAAAUGUUUAUCCUGAUUCCCAGAUACCUCGCCAUUAUUUCUCUCUAGGAGAGAUUAGAAAUGUGGAGACCAAUCAGUGUUUGGACAAUAUGGCAAGAAAAGAAAGUGAAAAAGUUGGAAUUUUUAACUGCCACGGAAUGGGAGGAAACCAGGUCUUCUCAUACACUGCUAGCAAAGAAAUCCGGACAGAUGAUUUAUGCUUAGACGUCUCCAAGCUUAAUGGCCCAGUCAUAAUGCUUAAGUGCCACCAUUUGAGGGGUAAUCAGCUAUGGGAGUACGAUCUAGUGAAAUUAACACUAGUCCAUGUGAACAGUAACCAGUGUCUGGACAAAGCAGCAGAAGAAGACAUUCAAGUCCCCAGCAUUAAAGAUUGCAAUGGCAGCCGCUCCCAACAAUGGCUCCUCCGUAAUGUCACUCUGCCAGAAAACUUUUAAAAUAUCUUUGGCAAAUUAGAUGGAAAAAUGUAUAAACUUAUAAAAAAGAAUUGACUGCGCUACCUCUGCACAUGUGAAUUGCACAUCCUUGUGUAUCCAGAGAAGGAGACUGUUUUUCUGCACCAGUACAGGCCAGGGGCACAUAUCAGCUCAAGACUAGCUCUUGGUUUUCUAGUAGCUGCAGAAUUGCCCACCUCUAUGAGGAUGUAAAAUGGUAUACUUUGUGUCAGAACUGUGCACAUUGAAGUUUACAAGAAGGAAA